AGUGAAAUUUUUAUCUGGACGGGAAAUAUUUUUUAAAAAGUAAAAAAGUUGAGGAAAGCUGUCGAAAAUCUUGUGAAUUACAUCAACCAAGAAAUAAAAUGGGAUUAAUAUGGUCAGAACAUUCAUAGAGUGUUACGGCCACCAUACAUCAACAACAAUAGUAACAAUAGCAGACAAACCCCAUCAAUUUUAUUAAAUCAUCAUAACACCGUCAUGUCAAAUAUUGACAAAUGGAUGAAAUUGUGGAAGGCAUUGCUGUUUAGUAGUUUCUUAACAUCCAUCAUUCACGAUCAUCUGAGCAUUGUUGUGGGUCAGGAAAAUAUUGGCUGCUUGUUUGCCGAGCAACUUUGUAUUCCGCAUUUAGAAUGGUGCUUUGAUGAUUAUGCAUUUGGAAAAUGUCUUCCUUAUCAUGAAACGAAUCCACAGCAGUUCGAACGUGAGCCAUUAACUCAAGAACAAAUUUCAAUAUUGAAACAAAUGCUGCAGGAACUACAUGCUGCUGGUCUCGACUGGGAUCAUCCAUUUACUCAAUGUCGCAUGCAGAAUGCCAUCUUUGCAAUGCGUAAUAGAAUUGAUAUGGAACGUGAUGCUUGCGUGUCUCUUGCCCCACCACCAAUAAUGCCAAAAUUUCUAGAUCCAACUAAUCCUCUAGCAUUCAUUCGCUUCACACAACCGAUUAACGAUUUUGCUGACGAAUACUUUUAUCCGCCUUUGAAGAAAUCUUACGAAUACGAACAAAUCCCCAUACCAAGUCGCCAACAACAACAGCAGCGACAUCAUUCACGUACAUCUGUGGAUGAAACUCUAUCACCUGACCAAUAUGAAUUUCUUCAACGCGAAUUAAUGUUACAACAACCAUCAUCGUCAUCAUCGGGAGUACGUGAAAUGUUCAAUCCAGAACUUGAGGAAGAGCAGUCCAAUGACCUACAAAAUCGGAUAAGCGAUAUUAAAAAUCGUAUGGAAUUACAUCGAAUGAUGGCUGAAUAUGAGCAACAGGGUCGUAAAAUGCAAGAGAACAACCAUCAACCCGAAUCAAUUUUCGAUGAAAUGAUGCCAGAUGGUGAAUUAGAAAAGCAGCAAUGGCCAAUGCCUCCAUAUUUUGAACGUGACAGUCGUCAAAGUGGCACACAUUUUAAGGAACGUGAAGAGGAAUUAAUGAAAGCUGAAGAGCUCAAGGAAAUGCUCAAUGAAAUGCAAGAAGAAGCUUUCGAGGACGUGCAAGAGGCAGAAAGGCAGUUGGAACCAGAGGAUUCGAGAUCUACAUCAUUCCGUGAAGUUGCAAAAACUGAACAUAUACCUGAGAGGAAUAUCCAAAGGUAUCAAAUGGACGAGGAUGCUAUGCCUAGCUUCUUCAAUGGUAAGAACACUCAUCAUCGUCGGGUAUAUGAUUAUGAUGAAGAAGAAGCAGAAGCAAAUGAUUUACCAACAGUUUAUUUGUCACAUCGUGACAUGCUUGCCAACUUCCGUGACGACGCAAAUGGUGAUGGUGGAGUUUAUACCGAAGGUGGACUUGUCUAUGUCCCAAAUCCAUCAAAUGAUGCCACAACAAAUCUCUUGCAAAGCAUCAUGGGAUUCCAACGACACGAAAGAUUGGAUGUAAAGAAACCUGGUCCAAUACCACCACAAAUCCCACCAUUAUCGCAAUCACCUCAUGAACCACCGAAAAUGGAUGAUAGAAAUUUGGAACAGAUACCUGCUCACAUGAAAAUGGACGAACUACCUAAAAUGAAGAAACAAAUGCACAACGAUUUGGAUCAUGCAAACUAUUCAGUUGAUACUGAAUAUGCUCAUGUCAUACUUAAGAACUCAAUUGACGACUGGAAAGAUGGUGCACGUAUUGUACAAGCACUUGCUGAAAUGUUAAACCUUCAAAACUUCUUCACUCAUACACGUGUCGAUAGACAUGAAGUAUCAUUCCGCGUUGAACCAAAUCCUGAGAAGAAGACAGCACUUGAUGUUGCCAAAUCCAUCAACGAUAGCAGAUUUAAAAACAAUUUAUCUCGUCGCUUGGGUGUAUUGGUACUGCGUGCAGGCGUGGGUGAUAAAGUAAAGGAUUAUGAAAAUGAUGGUAACACUCCAAAAAUGGAGAUUGCCGACGGUACUGAUAUGACAAAAAUAAUUUAUUUAAUGAUUCUGCUUGCCUUUGGAUGUGCUGUUGCUCUAUGUGGGCUACUCCUUCUUGUAUAUCGCCGUUUCUCCUACAGAAAGGAUAAGCUGAAUAAUCUUCAAGCUGGAUUAUCUGGAACGGAAACGACGAGUAAAGAUUAUCAAGAACUAUGUCGUGCACGCAUGGCAGGUAAGAAUGAUACAUCUUCAGCUCGUGUAGCAUCACUAUCAAAGGAGAACGAGAAAACACCAUCAUCACGUUCGAGUACAUCAUCAUGGAGUGAAGAACCGGCUCUAUCAAAUAUGGAUAUAUCUACUGGACACAUGGUUUUAUCUUAUAUGGAAGAUCAUUUAAGGAAUAAAGGACGAUUACAGCGAGAAUGGGAAGCAUUAUGUCGUUAUGAAGCUGAACCCGGUGCUCGAGAAGCUGCACUUCAAGAAGAGUGCUCAACAUUCAAUCGAAUUGGAGCACCACUUCCAUUUGAUCAUUCUAGAGUUGUACUUAAUCAUCUUGCUAAUGCUGAGGGCAUGGAUUACAUUAAUGCAUCAACAAUUACUGAUCAUGAUCCAAGAGCCCCAGCAUAUAUUGCAGCACAAGCUCCAUCUCAAUCGACUCUCGCUCAUUUCUGGCAGAUGGUUUGGGAACAAGGAUGUGUUGUUCUUGUUGCCUUAUGUCGUCUCCAAGAGAACGGCGAGAGUGCUUGUGCACGAUAUUGGCCCGAGGAAGGUGCCGAAGUGUAUCAUAUUUAUGAAGUGCACCUUGUUUCCGAGCAUGUGUGGUGUGAUGAAUACUUAGUUAGAUCAUUCUAUUUGAAAAAUCUUCGAACUGGUGAAACACGAACAGUAACGCAGUUCCACUUCCUAGCAUGGCCACAAAGUGGUGUACCUUUAUCCGCAAAGGCUCUCUUAGAAUUUAGGAGGAAAGUCAAUAAAUCCUAUCGUGGUAGAUCAUGUCCGAUUGUAGUUCAUAGCAGUAAUGGUGCUGGACGAACAGGUGCAUAUAUUCUUCUAGAUCUCGUUCUCGGACGAAUGAAUAAAGGUGCUCGAGAGAUCGAUAUCGCUGCAACGCUCGAACAUCUUCGAGAUCAACGAGCUGGCCUUGUAGAGACACGACAGCAAUUUGAAUUUGUACUUACAGCAGUCGCUGAGGAAGUUCAUGCAAUCCUUAAAGCUCUCCCGCAAACUCAGAGUACGGAGAAACGUGAUAUGGAUAAAGAGAAACCUCAACAGCCACAGAAAGAACAGCAGGCAUCCCCAAAAGAGCAAGAGAAUCAAAAUGAGAAAAACGAUGACAAACCGGCUAACGAAACAAAAGGAUAAGGCGAAACCAAUACAAAAACUUAAUCUUAAUCUAAUUAUUAAAAUUAA